AGCCUGGAUACACUCCACAUGUCUUGUUCAAACAAGCAGCUUUCUAUUAACUCAGAUAGGGAAGGGUAGUGAAGGGUAGAAAGCUGGUGACUGGCACUCAUGUGUCAAAACAUUUUUGCAGCCAUUUUCUCUCCUGACGCCUGAGGAUCUGAGAGGCAGAUUGGUUUUGGUGUGGGUCAGUGUCAUCUUACAUCCUGUGAUCAGUCUGCGAGAGCCGGAGACACGGCAGUAGAGUGUGGGGCGGCAACACUGAAUGGACAGAACAUGGGGUCAGAUGAGGCCUACAACUUUGUCUUUAAGGUGGUUCUGAUUGGUGAAUCUGGUGUAGGCAAGAGCAACCUGUUGUCCCGUUUCACCAAAAAUGAGUUUAACCAUGACACUCGCACAACCAUCGGGGUGGAGUUCAGCACACGGACCGUGCAGCUCAGCGGCUUCACCAUUAAGGCCCAGAUCUGGGACACAGCCGGACUGGAGCGAUACCGGGCCAUCACUUCAGCGUAUUACAGAGGUGCUGUUGGAGCCCUGCUGGUCUAUGACAUAACAAAACACCUUACCUAUGAGAGUGUGGAGCGCUGGCUGAAGGAGCUCUACGACCACGCUGACCCCCACAUUGUGGUGAUGCUGGUGGGCAACAAGACUGACCUGGAGUCGGAGAGAUCUGUGCCCACUGAGGAGGCCAAAGACUUUGCAGAAAAGAAAGGACUUUUGUUUCUGGAGACUUCAGCCUUGGAGUCAACUAAUGUGGAAGCAGCAUUCAACAAUGUCCUAGCAGACAUUCACAGAAAGGUUAGCAGUAAGGAAGUGGUUCGAGGCUCCAUCAGUGCCGUGUCCCUGAACAGCCCCAGUGCAGAAAACACAGAGGAGAAUAAGCCCUGCUGCAGGAACAUCUGAUUACACCAUCCCCCAGGAGCCCAGGGGGCCACAGGGUGGGUGACAGGUGAACUCCUUCUUCACCCACAACCCUGUGCAAGAGCUUGACAAGAGGCAGGCACCAUGGCAGCCAUGGGUACCAAUAUUAACGGUCCUGGCUUAAGAUGCCUCUUCAAAAUGACUGAUUUACAAGUUGUAAGAGCUACAUGGUGGUGUGAGGUGUUCAAAGGAUGUUUGAAUGAAUGUAGCUGGAAACCAGCAUCAGUCUUUUAAGAGUCCCUGCUGACCGCUGAACAUACGUCAGUGGUAAAACACAAAACUGUGUUACCUGUAAGAUAAAAUAUUUAUAUAUAUUCAUGCAGAAAAUUGGAAAAAUCAUAGCAUGGGUAAGGUUUUGAAAGUGAAUGACAUAAGACUGUUUUAUGUUUUCUUCAAAUCAACAGUUUAGUUGGUGGUGAAUAUUUUAUGUACUGACUGAUCUAUGAUGAGACUGAAUGUAUUUCUGUUGAGACAUAAAUGAUUUAUGGAGACAGUUAGCCUGUUGUGUGUUAUUUUUGUCUUACAACAAUAGAAUUUUCAAGUAAUUAGAAAUACCAGGUUAGUGCUGAUUGUCAAUCGCAACACUGCACACUACAAUAGUGAAAAAUAAUUUCCUGUGGUUAGCUAAAAUCUCAGUUGUUUUAUGAGUCAAAGUGUUAAAACAUGUUUGUGAUCUGAACCCCUUCUCAAACUGUUCAAGUCAGGGUUAGGGUUUAGGUUAGGUAGGUGUGCAACCUUUUCAAGCAUGAUAUCUUGUUUUUCCUCUGCAUGAGCUGAGAUAAUUAACUGGCCCAAUUAAUUUUGCCUAUCCCUGCCAGAAUAAUGCAUGCAGUGAAUUAGUGCACAGGCCUCUUAAAAGAGCUGGGAUGAUAUGACAUGAAAGUUUCCUCCCUGCAUCAAAUUUAAAAACAGUAAAACCAAACCAGCUGUCACUUUUAUGGGACGUCAGUGGAUGAUAGCGACAGAGUAAACAAGAGAUGAACAGGAAACUGUGUGUACAAAACCAAACAAGUCCUCCAACUUAAAUGAUCAUAGAGGUCGCUAUCCUCAGAUACAACCCACCAUAGGAAUUUGGGUGUCAAUGUCGCAAAAACAAUGAAAUUGUGUGACAUGUUUAUAUAUUAACCCAUUAAAUGCUGAGAGUCGUUUCAGGGUCUUUCCAACUCUGCCAAGUCUUUAACUGUGGGAAAUACCAACUACUGUUUAGACUAUGUACGUAUUAUUGUUCUGUUUUUACUUUAUAAUCAAUUUUAAUUCAUAGAAAUGUUUAUGUUGAUAAUAAAUAUGGUACAUUUGUUCAUA